AUGAGGGAGUCAACAGCAGGGAGUGCCACAACUGAGGAGGAACCUGAGCAGCAACCACCAGUGUCACCUCCACGAAGGAGACCAACCGAGGUCAUGAUCAGGGAACCUGCUGGCACUCCUCCAGCAAAGAGGCCCUCUGUCCCCUUGGGGAAGGGGAAAAAGAAGGCCACCAAGCCUGUCGAACACUUGGACGACUCUUCAGACGAGAAUGACAUGGACUCCGUGAACGUGUUCGACAUUUACAGCACUCCCGAGACUCCCGCGGCUCCCCCGAGCAAAAAGAAGGCAAGCAAGAGGCACCAUGGGGAAAGCAGCAAAGCGCCUCAGGCUAAGAAGCCUCGCAAUGCAGGCCUCCCAGAGGACGGGUCCUCAGCCAAUGCAACUCCACCCUCUCCUCGCAAUCAUCAGAUUCCCCCUGCUCCAACCAGAUCAACUCCAUCUCCAGCGGCCCCAACCGACCAGACUCAGCAGGCUAGUCUUGCUUCAACUGGGGGCGACAUAACUAGUCGCGCCUUCAAAUCGGUCAAGGACAGGGUCGCAAAAAUUGCAAUGCUGACCCUUACUACUGGCCGUCUCCGCUCGGGUGUUGUUACCGAGCAGGACAAAUCUUUGGAGCAACGGCAUGCUGAUGAACUCAAAGCUGCCGCAGAGAACUAUGCCGAACAGCUUGCAGUGGUGCUUGAGGAAAAGAAUAAAUUGGUUGAGGAGUUGAAGGAGAAGCAAAAGUCUCUGGACAAAACCAUCGAUUAG